AUGGCGCCGGGCGUCUCGAUUUGGAGAGCAGCGGGAUCCGAAGCACGGUGCACCGCUGGCCGACCGCAGGUAGUAGGGGGCCCAAUUAGUAGGUUAGCCACCUAUGAAAGGCUGCCCCGCCACCUCGCGAAAAAUCCUGGGAUGGCCUUCAUCGUGCCGGUUGGCGACCGGAGAGAGGUCCCGAUGGCGAUUCCCAGGGGGGUUCGGGCGUCCCCGCGGUCUCCAGUCGAGUCUACCAUCAGCGUUGCGGUGACGAAGGUCAUGGUAUCUAAAAUGCUGCAUCUCGUACAACUUCCAAUUCCCCUACCUAUCCACUACCCCCACAUAAUAAUGAAGCGUAACAGAAAAAGAAGUAAGGUUACACAGCGGCUGCACUACCUCUCAUUCACAGUGCACCUCUCUAACAUUCGAGGACUGCACUCCAAUCUCUACGCGGUUCAUCACCAUCUUGAGACCUCUAAGCCGCAUAUGCUUUUCCUUACGGAGACGCAAAUAGUCAGUCCUGCAGAUGUAGGAUACCUGCAGUACCCCGGGUACUCGCUUGAGCACAAUUUUAAACCUCGCGCAGGGGUCUGCAUGUACGUUCGAGACAACAUCUGCUGCCAACGUCUCCGUAAUUUGGAGGUACCAAACUUCUCUGUUCUGUGGUGCUUGGUAGAUACGGGUUUGGAGCGUACGAUUUAUGCGUGCGUCUAUCGUUCGCAUAGCGGCGACCAGGAGACCACAAAGCUGUUCAACUAUCUCUGCGAAAGGGCAGAUACCGUUCAGCGUCGGUAUCCGACUGCUAGGCUUGUAUUUCUGGGGGAUUUUAAUGCCCACCACCAAGAGUGGCUAUACCCGUACCAGAAAACCGAUCAUGCUGGGAGAGAGGCGCGCAAAUUUGCAUUAUCGUUAGAUCUCUCUCAGCUCGUUCACGUAGCCACGCGGAUACCUGAUGUUAACGGUCAUACGCCCAAUUGUUUGGACCUUCUGCUAACAACCGACCCAGACAGUUUUUCGGUGUCAGUUUCAGCUCCCUUAGGUACUUCCGACCACUGUCUGGUGAAGUCUGUAUCUAACUACUACCCUCCCGCCUCUGAUUCCACUGUUAAGAGACGAGUGUGGCGAUACAGGUUGGCAGAUUGGGAUGAGAUGCGUCAUUUCUUUGCAUCCUAUCCUUGGCGGCAAAUUUGUUUCUCUUCCAAAGACCCUUCGAGCUGUGAGAAAGCUAUAUCAGGCGUGAUACGUCAGGCAAUGGAGUUCUUCAUACCAUUCUCUGACGUAUCACUAGCUGGCAAAACUCCCCCGUGGUACAACGCUGAAUGUGCCAGUGCAGAGGCACGAAAACAGUCUGCGUUUGUAGCUUGGGCGGAUGCUCGUGCUCAUAAGGCUUUGGACGUCAGGGAUAAGAAAAAAGAAUUCAAUAUUGCCGCCAAAUCCUACAAGCGGGUCCUCAAAAAGUCUCGCUUCGGCCGCACCAAUCGCAUUGGACGUAAACUAGCUGCUCUUCCCAGUGGUAGUAAAGCUUUCUGGUCACUCGCGAAGUCGGUCGAGGCAAACUUUUGUCGUUCUUCGCUGCCGCCCUUGCAGAAACCUGACGGGUCAUUGGCAGUGUCUGCAGCAGAAAAAGCAAAUCUCCUUGCAUCUCUGUUUGCGGAAAACUCGCGUCUGGAUGCUGGAAGUACCCCCCCACCGCGCCUUCUACCGUGCGACUCAGUCAUGUCUGAGGUCCAUAUACACCAGCACGAGGUCUUAAAAGCACUUCGCAACCUUGACAGCUUGUCCGUUGAAGUCCCACCGCCAUGUAGAUUUGCUGUGUUCGGGUCUGAAGGGCGUUGCUGA